AUGGAGGCCCGAAAGAUCGUUGAGAGUGUUCAGGGUAUCUACGGCGGUCAGACUACCCAUGGCACUUUACGACUGACCGACUUCCACCUGGUGUUCUGCGCGCCUAUCGAUCAGUCCGGAACAACUCCUGAUCCUUCUCAGAAACCCAGAGUUCGCGAAAGAUGGAUUCCCUUUCCUAUGUUAUCAUAUUGCGCAUUCCGGCCCGUCCCGCCUGGAUCCCGCCAGUCCCCGUCGAUUCGAUUACGAUGCCGUGACUUCACGUUUGUAACAUUCAACUUCGCCGACAGUGAAAUCGCUCGCGACACAUUCGAUUUCAUCAAAUGCCGGACUUGCAAGCUUGGAACUGUCGAGAAGCUUUAUGCAUUCAACCAUAAACCCCUGAAGCACGAGCGAGAGGUUGGCGGCUGGUCAUUCUAUGAUCCAAAAGCGGAAUUCAGGCGACAAGGAGUUAGUGAGAAGUUGCCCGACAAAGGCUGGAGAAUCACCCACAUCAAUAAGGAUUAUACCUUCUGUGAUACAUACCCUGCUUUCUUGGUCGUCCCAACCAAAAUAUCGGAUAACGUCCUUAAAUAUGCAAAGGAGUUUCGCUCGAGGAAUCGUAUACCGGCGCUGUCAUACAUUCACCCUAUCAACAACUGCACCAUCACUCGAAGCUCUCAGCCCCUGUCUGGAAUUACGAGAAAGACAAAUGUUCAAGAUGAGAAACUAGUAGCGGCGUCUUUUAAUGCUCUAUUACCACCAGGGUCCGAAGACAACACUCCUUUAUCGAGUCAAGCUGAUGUAUCCCUCGGAAACUCAACAACAGAGCCAGACCUUUCCGACACCGAACGUUAUGAAGACGAUCUUAUUACGAAAUCAUCUGCUGUCUACGAUGCUGCUGGAAAACGUCAAAUAUACGGUGCCCAACAGAGUAAUUUAAUUGUAGAUGCCCGCCCAACUAUCAACGCCAUGGUCAACCAAGUUCAGGGUAUGGGUUCAGAGAAUAUGGACAAGUACAAGUUUGCACGGAAGAUAUUCCUUAGUAUUGAGAAUAUCCACGUCAUGCGGAGCUCCCUCAACAAGGUUGUUGACGCUCUCAAAGACGCCGAUAUUUCCCCUUUGCCACCGAACCGAGAGUUGCUCCAUCAAAGUGGUUGGCUACGGCACAUUCACGAUGUUCUGGAUGGAUCAGCUAUCAUUGCUAGGCAAAUUGGUAUCAACCACUCCCAUGUUCUCAUCCAUUGCUCUGAUGGCUGGGAUCGCACGAGUCAGCUCAGUGCACUGGCACAGAUCAUGCUUGACCCUUACUAUCGUACUAUCGAAGGAUUCAUCGUUCUCAUCGAGAAGGACUGGCUUUCCUUUGGACACAUGUUCCGACUGCGAUCCGGCCAUCUGAACCACGAAGACUGGUUCACCGUGCAGAGGGAUGCUUUUGCUGGUUCAAAGGUGCAGCCUGGUGAGAACGAUGGCCGAGGUGAUGCUUUCCAGAAUGUGUUAAGCGGUGCAAAGCGUUUCUUCAACCAGAACAAGGACGAUCCAGACUUGGCUGCAGUUGUUGAGACGGCGCCGGGAAAGGUAGUCGACGAUGAAGCAACAUCCCCAAAGAUGGUUAGUCCCGUCUUUCACCAAUUCCUCGACUGCACUUAUCAACUUCUACGUCAAAAUAAUACUCGAUUCGAAUUUAACGAGCGUUUCCUACGCCGACUUCUCUACCACCUGUACUCGUGUCAAUACGGCACGUUCCUGUUCAACUCCGAGAAACAAAGAAAGGAUGCGCGAGUUGCGGAGCGAACAUCUUCAGUUUGGGACUACUUCCUCUGCCGACGGGCUGAAUUCACCAACCCGGAUUUUGAUGCCGGCAUCGAUGAUCACGUAAAGGGACAAGAGCGUAUUCUUCUACCGCGAUUGAAGGAUAUCAGGUGGUGGCACCAGGUGUUCGGAAGAACUGAGGAUGAAAUGAAUGGUGGUCUAAAUGCUGCUGCGGCAGCCGAGACCGACCGGCAAACCGCCAUAUCAAAUCUUCAGUACCCUAGUGUCAUUCAAGCAGAUACUGAUCCAAGAUUAUCGACCUCAAGUUCCAAAUCUGGCCCCCCCUCAGUCCUUACCGGCGUUGAGACAGCUCACGAGAUGUUGACGCCAGAGGCACGGCAUACGCCAAUCGAUCGAAGCGCAUCUACUGAGCCCGGCGGUAACACUUUUGCCGCCAUCAGAGAUGGGAUCGCGGGUCUCAAUCUAGGUAAGGGGGUGCUUGGGCAAUUUACCAACACUGGCGAUUCUGCCUCAUCCUCAGAUCCGAUUCCUGCGCCCCCUCGCAACGACCAGGAGUUGCGUGGGAUGACAUAG